GCGGCGUCUCUCUGCGGCCAUGGUAACACUCUCAACACCGGACCUCUGAUUAUAAAAGAACAACAAACAAGAGCUUUUCAUGCAGCUGCUAUUCAGCAUGAAUCUGGCAGAGAUAUGCGACAACGCCAAGAAGGGUCGUGAGUAUGCUCUGCUGGGGAACUAUGACUCCUCCAUUGUGUACUACCAAGGCGUCAUUCAGCAGAUCCACAAGCACUGCCAGUCGCUCAGAGACCCUGCACUCAAAGUCAAAUGGCAACAGGUCAGGCAGGAACUAACUGAGGAGUGUGAGCAGGUGAAAGGCAUCAUGGGAACGCUGGAGAGAUUUAAGUUGGAGAAGCCGGCUGACGUUCUCGCCCCUCAAUGGGAGGAGAGGCCCGAGGAUCCAGCAGUGUGGCCCCCUCCCACCCCUGCAGAGCACAGGAAUCUGAUUGCGGUGAAGCGCCCCAACAGUGCGGCGAAGCAGCAGAGGAAGGACUCGCCUGGUCUCCAGCAUCGAGGGGCGGGGCCAGGAGGCCGCGGUCAGGCCAACCCCAAACCAGACCGGCAGGGUUCCAGAGACACCCGAGGCACGAAGGCCAAAGACGAUAAGGGGAAGAAAGGGGUAGGAGAUGCAUCAGGGGAAGGAGAGCAGAGGAAGUUUGAUGGCACGGGAUAUGACAGCGACCUGGUGGACUCACUGGAGAGAGAUAUUGUGUCCCGCAACCCCAACGUGCACUGGGAGGACAUUGCUGACCUGGAAGAUGCUAAGAAGCUGCUGAGGGAAGCUGUGGUGUUGCCCAUGUGGAUGCCCGACUUCUUCAAGGGCAUCCGUCGCCCCUGGAAGGGCGUGUUAAUGGUCGGCCCUCCCGGGACGGGGAAGACAAUGUUAGCCAAAGCUGUGGCCACAGAAUGUGGGACUACUUUCUUCAACGUGUCCUCCUCCACCCUCACCUCCAAAUACAGGGGCGAGUCAGAGAAACUUGUUCGCCUGCUGUUCGAAAUGGCCCGCUUUUAUGCACCGACAACCAUCUUCAUAGACGAGGUAGACUCCAUCUGUGGCAGGAGAGGAACGUCUGAUGAACAUGAGGCCAGCCGCAGGGUCAAGUCCGAGCUUCUGGUUCAGAUGGAUGGCGUGGGGGGGGCUCUGGACAACGAUGACCCCUCUAAGAUGGUGAUGGUCCUCGCCGCCACCAACUUCCCCUGGGACAUCGACGAGGCGUUACGACGGCGUCUGGAGAAGAGGAUCUACAUCCCCCUGCCCACAGCUGUGGGUCGUGUCGGGCUUCUAAAGAUCAACCUAAGAGAGGUGGAUGUGGCUGCUGACGUGGACCUGGACCUCAUCGCUGAGAAGAUUGAGGGCUACUCUGGAGCAGACAUCACCAAUGUCUGCAGGGAUGCAUCUAUGAUGGCGAUGCGUCGUCGAAUCCAAGGCCUGAGCCCCGAAGAGAUCCGAGCUCUGUCCAAAGACGAGCUGCAGAUGCCCGUGACCAUGGAGGACUUCACCCUCACGCUCACAAAGAUCUCCAAGUCCGUCUCCGCCGCCGACCUGGAAAAGUACGAAUCCUGGAUGGCUGAGUUUGGGUCAGUGUAGAGAACGGUUCCGCUCAGACCCCAGAGGGACCAGAAUAUCAGAAGCAAGACUUUGAAAAUGAUGAAAGCCUCGAAGAGGAGGGCUCUGGGAGUCACGGAGCGGAGUGAACUCAAGUGUGUGAACCUGGCAGCGCAUCAGGGAUCAAGAUUAUACAUCAGAAGACGGGUGCCUUUGAGAGAGAGAGAGAGAGAGAGAGAGAGAGAGAGAGAGCGAGCGUGAUGAGAACUUUGAGUGGCUGCCCCCCUGCCCUUUCACCCCCCCCCCCCCCCUCCAUUGUUGCUUCCACACAAUUGUCCGUGUAGAGACUAUCAAUCGACCCAAGGAAGAAAAGGGGAAGUUUUAAUGUAAAAAGUAGCCUAAUACCCACACAGGGAACGUUUUACUUACAUGUCAGGCCUCGUGCAGGAACAUUUGCGUAUUCCUAUCCUCAACCCAAGCUUUGCUUGCCUGUUUCAAUUCGAUGAACGCCACCUGUUUACAAGUAGGUGAGCGUUGGUGAGAUUUGAUCAUUUGGAUAAUCAACAACCCUAAAAUUGUGAUUAAGACCGUUAUUUUCUCAAUUUGUGGGCAAGUUCCAUUCAAAAAAAUGUAAUGAGAGUAAAAAGAAUAAUUUCACAGCAAGUCUCACACCCUGCUGUCAGAGAUCAGCAGUUAAAGUAUUUGUAUUAGGAGACCUGAAAUAAUUGGAAAAUCUUACUACAACCAAAACAUCAGAGGACCUUCAACAGGAAAUUGUGCCGCAUAAAAAACCCUGAAGCAGAUGCUGACGGGAGAACAUCUUCCUCACAAACACUAAAUUGUAAAUUCUAAGUUAUCCAGUAAAACCUACAAAAGCUGUAGUGGAACCUCUCAGUAAAGUUGAAGCCAUGGUGACGGUGAUCAUCAUUGUGAUGGUGCACUGUUGUUUCUUGCACGAGGCCCUUUGUCUUAACGAGCUGUAUGUUUGAGCACUUUGAAUUCCUUCAAUGUACCUACUACUGACUGAACACACUUGAAGAACCACGAUAUUUUGUGUUAUAGUGUCUGGUUUUGUGUUAUGUGUUUUUGUUUUUGUUUUUCUUGGUUUUAAUAUUUGUUUUUUUCGAUUUUAGUUGUGUUAAAACAAACAAAUGUAGCCAUUCUAAAACAACAUGGCCGCUGGACCCGUGGAAUGUUUAUUAAAGGAUACAGUGAAACCUCGCCCACUCCAAAUGAAAUGAGUUACUCGGGUUCUUAUUGGAUCUCUGAAUUACUCCAAGUCUUAAAAGCGCUACGGAUGACAUCAUCGCCGCUACAUCUCCAUGACAACCGAGCAGACUCCAUGAAGCCUAUGUGACCGGGUUAACAGCUCAGGGAAAAAAGACCUUGAGUUGGUUUUAUCUGGGCAAACUAUUGAAAUAUUAUUUUUGAUAAACCAGUGACGUGGGUUACGAGACAUUAAAAAUACUUGAAACUCGCAAAAUAGUUUAUUCUUAUGAUGUAUGAUCAGUUUUCUGGCUAUAGAGUAAUUGAGGGAAUCAGUGUGUUGAUUUGUCUGUGUAUCUUUGGUAAAAAUAGAAACCUGUACACUGCACGACCAGAGAGACCUGGAUAGCACCGGUCAGUAAGGACUCAUAAGAAUUAGGUCUUUCUUUUGGGGGUUAGAAUUCAAACUUUGUGUUACACUGUGGGUGGACUACUUUAAAUGUAUACAGUGGUGGAAGUGGAUUUAUACUCUGUUAUUGUACUUAAGUACAAUUUUAGGUUCUUAUACUUAGUGUUUUCAUGUGAGAAGACCUAGUAAUACUGCAUACUAAGUACUUGGUGAUAAAAGGGUUUGCUUAUAAAACAUGCAAUCCUGUGUAU